ACACUGGGAGGCCAUUAAGAGGUGGGAUGAAGCCAUCCAGCUGACUCCAGACAACCCUCUACUGUAUGAGAUGAAGUCCCAGGUACAUUACAAUACUACAGCUCUCUGCCACUUAUCCUCCUGCUGCUCCUCCUCCUCCUGCUGCUCUCCCUCCUCUUCCUCAGCCCCUUCUAAGCCUCUACUGUAGGAGCUGACGUCCCAGGUACGUUACAGUACCACAGCUGUCAGCCACUUAUCCUGUUCUCCAACUCUCCAGUCCUCAGACCACAGCCAGCCAGUUAGGGCCAGAUACAGCCAGUUAGGGCCAGAUACAGCCAGUUAGGGACAGAUACAGCCAGUUGGGGCCAGAUGGGGCCAGAUACAGCCAGAUGGGGCCAGAUACAGCCAGUUGGGGCCAGAUACAGCCAGUUGGGGCCAGAUACAGCCAGUUGGGGCCAGAUACAGCCAGUUGGGGCCAGAUACAGCCAGUUGGGGCCAGAUACAGCCAGUUGGGGCCAGAUACAGCCAGAUGGGGCCAGAUACAGCCAGAUGGGGCCAGAUACGGCAAGAUACAGCCAGAAAACAAUUGCCUCAGUCUGUCUCUGCUACACACAGAACAUGUUGUUUUGUAUGAUCCUUUUUUGUCUCUUUCUUGUUCUCUGUGCUGGUACAGUACAAACAUAGUCUGUCUGUCGACUGUAACUUCCUGAUACAAACUGUCAGAAGUAAGUUACUCCUGGAAGCUCUCUGACAGGUGAUCAAUUAAGUUUAGGACAUUUUUGUACUUGAGCUGUGCCAUGAAAAACACAGCCUGCUGUGAAACUACACAGCUGGAGAUUUCAAAGUGAAUCUCUUCAUACAAGGACAGUGAGUAGAGGAUAGACAUUUUUGUUCUAGAUGGUCAAAGAUUGUGUGUGUGUGUGUGUGUGUGUGUCACUGUGUGUGUGUGCAUGUUGACGUGUUCGUGAUCCCAUGUCAUCAGGAUGUUCUCAGUUCUCACCUAACCCUCUCCCAGCUGCAACAUUUGGUAUGCUUUAAAGUGAGAGCAGAGGACGGUGGUCUGGUCGGCAUGGUGAUGACACCGUGGAAACUAUCCAGCCUGGGCUCCACUGGGAGUAUCAGUGUGGGCACCACCUCAUUUUGUGGGCAGUGUGCACAUAGCCUGUCUUCUCUCAAUAGCAAUGCCAUGCUCACUGAGUCUGUACAUAGUCAAAGCUUUCCUUGUGUCAGUCACAGUGGCCAGAUAUUCUACCCUAUGUACUCUCUGUUUAGGGCCAAACAGCAUUCCAGUUUGCUCAGUUUUUUGGUUAAUUCCUUCCAAUGUGUCAAAUAAUUCUCUUUUUGUUUUCUCCUAAUUUGGUUGGGUGUAAUUUGGUUGUCUCUCUCUCUCCCUCUCUUCCUUCUUCCCUCCCUCCCUGACACCCAGGUGUCAAUGAGAGUAGAGAUCAGACUAGCUAACCAACAGAGAUGUGAUGGGGGGAGGGGGUGGGGAGAAUCAUAGAGCAGAGCAGCUGGCUAUCCCUGACUGUGAUCUAUAGUCACACCACGUGUCCCCGCACUACUCCAACAGUAUCUGUAGCACAAUUCACUUUAUCCUUAUACAUAGCCUUAACCUUUCCAAUCAGCAUUUUCCCUCCACGCUUUUAAUGGCUGACAUUAUCAACCAUGAUAUUACAUCUGAGGAUAAUUUAAUUACGCAUCCUCAUUUAGCCAAGUUCUCAAAUACUCUGCUAUAUCUUUGGCUGCUACAUAACUUUAUUAGUCAUGUUUUAAAAGGGAUCAGAAACACACAGAACUCUAUUUGUAUGCUGUGUAGCAGAGGAGACAUUUCCCUCCCUCAUUAAAUUAUAUUCUGAUGUGUUUCAUUACACAUGAAUAGCUCAGCUUUAACACUCUGACCGGUGCAAUAAAAAUAUCUGUCCCCAUUAGUCCAGCCUCUGUCAGUUGGGCGUUCUCCACAUGCUGCAAGACGAGCUAUCGGAGUAUGUCUCAUUAGACAGCUCUGUCAGAGCCAGAAGACUGUGAGACAGACAUUUGCCAUUCACUUCCUCUUAUCACCUUCCUCUAACUCAAUUAGCCUCGCUAUGACAUGCACAGUCCUCUUUGUGUCUGUCCAUCACACUCUCCUUUGAAAGCCUAGUCCUUCUGUGUUCGUCACUUUCUCCUUUGAAAGUUUUGAUUGGUAUGAGAUCCCAUUGCAGCCCAGUCAUCACUCCACUGAUGUCUGUCUGUAAAGCUGCAUGAGGCAUGAAUGUUGAGGACUAACUUUAUUGUCCAUUGAAUAUAACGUCUACCUUAGAAUAACAGUUAAAAACAAUGUGACACAAUGUGAAUCCCACCAUUCUGUGAGUUACCCUGUGUUGCCUGUGUCACCAUAUCUGUUUAUUUAUCUGUUGCUAAAGUUGAAUAGAAUGGUGCUUUAUUAUAUUUGUAUUCUGGAUGCAAAUGUGACUUUUCCCCCUUGACGGCACACAUACAAUUUACUUCCAUGAUACUUCCAUGAAAUAUGACCCUUUAUGCAGAGUCUUUGACCAUUGCCCUCUGACCUGCAGGUGCUGACCAUUCUGCAGGAGGUGUUCCCGGCGGUGCAGGCAGCAGAGAUGGCUGUGAAGCUCCGCCCCCUGUGGUGGGAGGGCUGGCAGACCCUGGGCCGUGCCCAGCUCAGCCUGGGAGAGGUGGACCUGGUCAGUUUUACCACCUACACAUUUUUCACACUGUCGUGCCAACCCUAAACAAACUGUGCUGUCUCUGAUAUUUUCUUUUCACAUGGUCCUGUUGAGCACAGUUCCAGCAACUAUGGAGGAUGUGUAACCAGGCCAGCUUGGUACAGUUUGGUUGGCUCUGCUAGGGUUUGCUCGGCAAGGUUUGGCUCUGUAGUGUGAAAAGCACACAAGUUGUGUUUUAUGCUCAGAUUCAGGUAACCUAACUUGAGAUCCAUGCACAGAAAAACAAAGAUAUGAGUGCAUAAUGCACUUCUCCCUCUGACAUCAAUACAAGGUUUAGCAGGUGGCUGAGUCGUACAUGUCUCACAUGUUACUGUAAGGUAGUGAGACUGUAUGGAGGUGAGACUGUUCGGAACGGAGACUGUAGGGAAACGGCCCUAGCUUGUCUGUCAUCCCCACAGACACUAAUAUGUCAGCCAUUACCCUGAGCUCUUAUUUCUAACUUUUCCCUGUUCCCUCUGAGAUAAAGUUGCUCUUCUUUUAAAGCACACCCAAGUGCCUAGGGCAUGGAAGAUCACUUAAGGUGCCCCACAAUGCACGCCUGAACCUGUAUGGAUCUGUAUGAAACCUGGCUGGAUCACAGUUGGACUGCUGCUCUGCCAUUGAGACAGGAGAGAAGAAACACCUAGCUGAACUCUGAAACUGCCCCUGUGUGUACAUCUCUACAUCUCUAAUGUCCCAGGGCAACCCAAAACAACAAUGGGAAGUGUUGAAAGUUUCCUGAGCUACAGCUCGCCAAAUAUAUACACGCUUCCAUAUAUAAUGGAGAGGUAUUAAGAGGAUAGGAGAAAAUGGCAGUCUAUAUUUAGAGGGUCUUGUUCAGUCGCGUUUCAGGAUGUUGUGUGCAUUGACAUGUUUGAGUAGCACCCUGUUUGCACAAAGACGGGCGCAGAGAUCUCUGGCUUCACAUACACAAGUGUCUCUCUUUCUCUCUCGCUCUCUCUUUCUCUCUCUCUCCCUCUCUCUCUCUCUCUCUCUCUCUCUCUCUCUCUCUCUCUCUCUCUCUCUCUCUCUCUGUGUUUUUUCUUGUUCUCUGUCUUUCCAUUUCUCUCUUGCUCGCCCUCUGUUUUUUCUUGUUCACUGUUCUCUCUGUCCAUUUCUCUCUCUUUUCAAUCUCCCUCUCUGUUUUCUCUUGUUCUAUUUCUCCCUCUCUGUAUUUCCUCCUAUUUAUCUUUCUUUCUCUCUGUAUUUACCUAGUGCCCUGAUUGACUCUGAAUGGCAUAUGUGCUAUAAUAAUGCUAUAAUAAUAAAACGGUUACGGUAUUUGGUUGGGGGAUCGUUGUUGAAAUGAGUGAAGGAAGGGGCACAGAAGACCUAAUUCCAUCUUUGAAAGAUCUGUGCUUUUGAAAGAACUGUGUGGAUACAAACCAUUUACCCUAUGAGUCUUGACUUGCCAGAGUACCUUUUUUUCUUGAAAGUUUCGCUUGACUUAGCCUUUUACAGUAUUUUUGUUUGCAUACUUGUUGCAGUUGGGCAAACCAAACCAGUCCGUUUCAGGAAUGUUGACCUAUUAAGAGCUGAGGUUUCCUUUAAGACUGGUAUUUGAGGAGAUUAGAGAGACAGAAAGUUGCUUAAGUCCCAUCCUUUUAACAUACAGAUACAGGCCAUAAUAGUCCAGGUGUGAUUGCCGAGUCCUGUAAUGGUGGCUUGUAAAAUCGAUUCACCAUUCUGUGAAUCACAUCGUGGUCUCGUUUGGACCUUGAGGAGAAUAAGAGGGGUGGUAGAGAGAACAGGAGAAACAGGAGAGAGAGAAAACAGGAGAAGCAGGAGAGAGAGAGAAAACAGGAGAAGCAGGAGAGCGAGAGACAAGGAGACAGAGUGUGCAGGAGAGAUGGCGAAUGAGAGAGAGCUAGAGAGAGGGCAAGAGGAAGCAUCUUCACCAACCAUGGGAUAAGGAGUGUAUAUCUAAAUAACCAGGGCCUGGAGUUUUCCCAGGUAGUGAGCCCAAUCCCCCCAUGGAGCGAAGCUUGGUCCUGGGGUGUGUGGAGGAGCUGGCUAUCGCUCAGCCUGAGGUUGCGGGUGGAGUAAUGGGAUAAGAGCAGUUAUCUGAUUUAAGAUUUUAUAUAUAAGAAUCUUAUUACCCAAGGGGAUAAAUAAAGUUGUAUAUUAUCUUAUUCAUCUACUGCUGUGUAAACACUGAUGCUGAUCAAGGCCUCUAGGUUAGAAUGAGGCGGAUGAGAUUAUAAAAAAUAAAAAAAAUUAUUCACUAACUGUAAGUCGCUCUGGAUAAGAGCGCCUGCUAAAUGACUAAAAUGUAAAUGUAAAAAAAAUAUUCUUGGUCAUUACUGAACCAGCGUCAGCCACAUUUGAGUUUGGUCUGAGAUACUUUGUUAUUAAUUUGAGCUUGGCCAGAGAUGGCUGGAAGGGAUUCAACAAUGCAUUUCUAAUGGUAUUCAACUCAUUUUGGUCAUGAUCAGAUAUAAUUUGCAAACUCAACAAUUAUCAUGAAAAGCACUUAGUGUGAGAUUGAAAGAUUAAUUUCAUAAUUCCACUGGCAGGGCAAUGGUUUGAUUUAUUACCCCAUUACCGUGUGAAGUAUGAUUUGCCCUCCUCCAGAGUUAGACAAUUAUGUGUAAAUCGAUGUACUUAUGCCUGGUCAAAUGAAUGAAGGAUUGAGGCCGUAGUAAUGACACGGUGAAUCUCUGUAAUGAAACUAAUGUGACAGGAAUGAGGUUUUGUUGUCGCUGACAUUCUGAUGAUAGACUAGAGCUACCAUUUCAUAUAGACACAUUGUUGCCAGUCUCACGCUUCCUCACAUCAUCAAAUUAGAGGAAUUAGUAUGCAGAAACGGCAGACUUGCAUACUGAUCCUUUUAAACGUAUUUAUUGCGGAACAUAGGGAUACUAGGAAACAGAUCUAUUACGACAUUAAUUUACAGUUCACUCUUUACAGAUGAUGGAACUGAAAAGAGAGUGCUAUAGAUUCUUUGACCUCCUUUGACUUUUAGUUGUACACAAUUUGACAUGAUGUGGUGCCACUGAUUUACUGUAGACCAUCUAGUAGAGUGAUCUUUGAUUGUAAUAUGAACGAACCGUCAACAUAUGGAUUUCCCUAUAGCAUUGGAGCUGUUUUCUGGUUCUCAUUAGGCAUUGUGACCAACAACACCCACUACUCCUUUUACUCUCAGAGCAGAUCUAAAUCAACUGAAUUGAAUAAAUACGUGUCUGAUUUCAAUGCAAAGCCCUGAAUCUUUCCGGAUAGUAGUAUAAAAAACACAAACCACCCCGUUUGAAAACAUAAAGGUACAUUUGAGACCUUCCCUUAACUUUGUACAUUUCCAUGAUUCCCAUUUUAAGACAACUGCACCCCAUUCCCAGUGAAAGGGACUGAUGGCCAUUCACUAGCAAAGUACAUAGAAACAGGACCCCUGGGGACAACCAAAACAGUACAGUUGUUUUUACUCAUCAAGCUUCUCCAAUGGUCAUAUCACGUCAAUGCUUUGGUAUUUGGUAUUUUAUUAGGAUCCCCAUUAGCUGUUGUGAAAGCAGCAGCUACUCUUCCUGGGGUCAACGUAAAACAUGAAACAUGAUAUUGUACAGAACACCAAUAGACAAGAACAGCUCAAGGACAGAACUACACAAAAACUACACACCUUUCCUUUCAAAGCCUUCAGUCUUCCCCACAAAAAGAUUUGUCCUUCGUUACCAGUCAUUUGUGUUAAUCUUAAGUCAAUAAAAAGAUGUUAACAGAAAGGAAAAUACCACAAAAGUCUUCAUCCUUUCCACAGGCGGUGAGGUCCUUCCAGGUAGCGGUCCACCUUUGUCCGUCAGAGCGCCCCCUCUGGUCGGAUGACCUGGCAUGGGCACGGCGGCUGCAGCAGCAGAGACGGGCGGCCCAGGACCAGACCCAACGGGAGGAGGAGGCCCAACGGGAUCUCCUGAACCCUCCAGAGCUCCAGCAGGACUACGACUUUGAGUCAGACGAGGUGGUGGUGGCCUGCACUGCCGUAGCCGAGAGACAGAGACGCUAUGAGGAACUGAAGAGGACAGUCGUGGUUGUCGACACGGAGGGGAAUUCCAGGGAGGUACCCGUGGAGGAGGAGGUGUCAGGGGACACACCCUCUUCAUCACAGGAUCAGUUGGUCAAAGCACGGGGACUA